CCACGGAGGUUUCCAAUGCAUUCCACCAGAGACAUCGUCGCACCUCUGUGGACAGAUUUGGAUAACAGAAGGACCGGUCGGAUCACCUACGCCCAGUACAGCAGUGGCACAGUCCUGCAGCGAGCUACCAAUGACAUACGCCUCUACUUCCCUCAACCGACCUUUGAUGCUCAAAUGGUCUUUGUUGCAACCUGGUAUCAAGUGGCAUACUAUCAACAAGCAACAACCAGGACGACUGUUCAAGCUGUGCUGAUCAGCGGCGGACGGCACUCCUUUAUGCUCUUUAACUACGGCGACAUUGCAGCCACCUCCCAUGCCACCCAGGCUGGAUACGACACCAUCUCUUCCACUCACCACUUCACCCUCCCGGGUUCAUUCUCCAACCGAGCAUCGGGUCCGAACUCGCUCAUCGGAUCAGGAAGCAACGUGAAUGUUCCUGGGCGAUGGGCCUUCCAGACAGACAAUGGACCAAGAGGCUGUACUUACAACGAUGACCCUGUGCAGCUGGGUGAUUCAUUUUGGACCGACAGGACCUGUUCCCAAAAGUGUACUUGCACUGCGUCUGGCCUGCGGUGUCGGCACCAACCCUGCGCCUUUUCACAAAUCUGCCAACGGGAUGCUUUCCAAUACUCCUGUCAGACAGUGCGGCGGGGCCUUUGCACCAUCAGUGGAGAUCCUCACUAUGUCACGUUUGAUGGCAAGCUGUUCCACUUCCAGGGCACAUGCACUUAUGUUCUGUCCGAGCAGUGUGGCUCUGAUCUGCCCUACUACAGAGUAGAGGGCAAAAAUGAGCACAGGGGCAGCACUCGGGUUUCCUGGACCAGACUUGUCAAAGUCCAUGUCGAUGACCAGGUUAUCGAGAUCGUGAGAGGUCAUCAUGGUCAGGCUAAGGUUAAUGGAGUCUUCGAAUCCACCCCUCUCUCUCUCAACAAUGGAUCCAUCCAGAUAUAUCAGUCAGGUUUCUCAGUCAUUGUCAGCACUGUCUUUGGCCUGGAAGUGUCCUAUGAUGCAAAUCAUUACGUCAAGAUCGGCCUCCCAUACGCCUAUCAGAAUGCAACAUGCGGCCUUUGCGGAAACUUCAACCAGCGACGACAGGACGACUUCCGUACCCGCGAGGGCCAGAUAGUCACCUCUGAUGUGACUUUUGCGAACAGUUGGCGUGCACAAGGAGAUGACGAGGCAGAUUGUGGGGUCCAGUGUGCAGGCAUCGACUGCGCUUCCUGUCCUGCAGGCCAUUCUCAGUUAUACGGCAACGACAACCAAUGUGGUAUCAUUCAAAGCGCAUCAGGACCUUUUGCUGCGUGUCACCAGCAGCUAUCUCCCCAGCCCUUUAUGGAUAACUGCAUUUUCGACCUGUGCGCUGGAGAUGGGUAUCAGCCCAUUUUAUGCCAAGCAUUGAACGUUUAUGCCACUCAGUGUCAGCAGAUUGGAGUUCAGCUACCAAGUUGGAGAAGACGAGGCUUCUGUGAAAUCCUCUGCCCUGAAAACAGUCAUUUUGAAUCUCAAGGCUCAGGAUGCCCCAAUACUUGUGCAAGUCCAAAUUCCACACACAGCUGCCCUCUUCCUGCCCAGGAGAGCUGUGUUUGUGACGCUGGCUACAUCCUCAGUGGUGGUGCUUGUGUUCCUAAUCAUGAAUGUGGCUGCAGUUUUGAAGGCCGCUACUACCGGAAUGACCAAACUGUCCUACUCGGUGAAAACUGUGAGAGGCGCUGCAGUUGCAGUUAUGGUUCCAUGACUUGUCAGCAACAUAGUUGUGGCCCACUUGAGUCAUGUUCCCUGGAGGAGGGAGAAAGAGCAUGCAGACCAAGAGGCUAUCAAACAUGCUGGAUAAGAGGUCCUGGAUCGUACCAAACAUUUGAUGGGCUGCCCUAUCAGUAUCCAGGCGCAUGUCGAUUGACUCUUUCCAAGGUGAUGGGAUUGUCCAGUCAUCCCCACUUCAUGGUGACAGCAGAAAAGGCCCCCCGAGGUCAACAAGGCUUUUCAAGACUGUUGAAGUUUGAGGCAUUCGGCAAAAGCAUCGCAAUUGAAAUGUCUGGCACUUCUAGAGUCACGGUUGAUGGUCAGUUUGUCCGAUUACCAUUCAGCCUCCCCAACAGCAGAAUCCAGAUCUACCACAGCAGCGUACACAGUAUCAUUCUGCACACCUCCUUUGGUGUGACAGUGCAGACCGUCUGGCCUCACUUUGUGCGAAUUAAAGCUCCAGGUAUCUACAAUGAAAACCUUGGUGGACUGUGCGGGAACUUCAAUGGAAAUCAGAGUGAUGAAUUCCAAACACCAAAUGGGAACCUGGUAAACAGUCCUGUGGAGUUUGGGGACAGUUGGCGUGAUGGCUCAUUGGCUGCUCACUGUGUAGACAAUGUUAACACAACACCAAAUCCAAAUUCCAAUGCAAACUGCAGCAUCCUUGCCUCACCACAAGGCCCAUUCACACAAUGCUGGAGGUCCAUUGACCCAGUCCCGCAGGUGCAAACAUGUAGGGACAUUCUCCGCUCAUCUGCUGAUCCAGAAACAACUGUGUGUGAGGUUUUCAGAGAUUAUGUCCUAAUGUGCCAGCAAAGAGGGAUUGAUCUUGGACCCUGGAGGAAUGCAACCAACUGUGAACAAAUAUGCCCAGCCAACAGCCACUAUGAAUCCUGUGGAUCUUCCUGCCCUUCUGCCUGCCCCAGCCUGUCCUUCCCAUAUUCUUGUGACAAUGUGUGUCAAGAGGGUUGCCAGUGUGAUGAUGGCUUUGUCCUCAAUGGUGAUGAGUGCGUGCGACCCACUUCGUGUGGCUGCUACCACCGAGGGCAAUAUCGGGAAGGGGGUGAACAAUUCUGGGAUGGUGAGGAAUGUCAGAGUUUUUGUACUUGCAAUGGCACAACAGGAAUGGUCUACUGCACAAGCGCCUCCUGUGGGCCACAAGAGUCCUGUGGAGUGGUGGAUGGUCGAUAUGGCUGCCAUCCAAAUCCUCACGGUAUAUGCUCUGCCUCUGGUGACCCACACUACCGCACUUUUGAUGGCAAGCGUUACGAUUUCCAAGGAACGUGUCGCUAUGUUCUGGCAAAACCUAUCAACAUCACCAAGGGUCUUCACACAUUUUUGGUGGAGGCUAAAAAUGAACAAUGGCGCACACGUCCUGUGUCAAUCACAUCGGAUGUUUUUGUGACCGUGUGGGGUUUUGAAGUACAUAUUUCAAGAUCAAGGAGGGGUAUGGUUCAGGUCAACGGCGUCACCCAGAACAUGCCAAUACUGCUAAACAGUGGCAGAGUGUCCAUCUAUACAAGUGGACGCCGUACAUUCAUUGACACUGACUUUGGACUAACGGUUACGUAUGAUGGAUGGAGUACUGUGACCAUCUCUGUGCCUUCCAUCUACAGUGGCCAAAUGGGAGGACUCUGUGGAAACUUCAAUGGAAAUCCAAGGGAUGACUUCCAGAGUCCUUCAGGAAUGAGUGUCAGAAGUCCAUCUGAGUUUGGGACAUCCUGGAAAGUACCAAGCAAUGACACCUGUAGUGAUGGCUGUGGAGCCUCCUGUCCACGAUGCAACAAUGUGGCACCAUCUCAGGCCCAAUGUCAACUGAUUCGGGCGGCUGAUGGUCCAUUCAGCUUUUGCCAUGAGGAGGUGGACCCAACACCAUUCUUUAAUGACUGUGUGUUUGAUGUCUGCAUAUCUGGAAAUGAAGGUGGUGAUCAACUGUGCAGAGCCUUUGAGGCAUAUGUCAGUGCAUGCCAGUCUGCCAAUGUACGAGUUUACCCGUGGCGCCAGGACACCCCCUGCCGAAUGGACUGUCCCGCAAACAGCCAUUAUGAGCUCUGCGGUACGGACUGUGCCCACACCUGCGCCAGCAGUACUGAUGCCACCUGCACACAAGUUUGCUCAGAAGGCUGUUUCUGCAAUGAUGGCUUCCUGAAGAGCGGAAGAGACUGUGUUCCAGUUGAAAGAUGCGGUUGCCAGUACGAUGGAUUCUACUAUAAUGCUGGUGACACGUUUUGGACGAAUGGAUGCACUCAACACUGCGAGUGCCAUGCUCCAAAUGAUUUGCGCUGCUCACCUGAGUCAUGCACUCCUGCCCAAGAGUGUGCCAUCCAAGAUGGUGUUCUGGGCUGUUACGACUCAAUGGCUGCUUGCAUCGUGUGGGGAGAUCCACACUACUUCUCCUUUGAUGGGGCUGUGUCUCAUUUCCAAGGCACUUGCUCAUAUGUCAUCUCUGAGAGUUUGAGCCACAGGAACAAUGAGACACAUUUCAAGAUUCUUGCCACCAACAAGCACCGUCGCAACAACCGUGUAUCAUUUGUUUCCACUGUUGAUGUUGUCUUGUCCAACGGAGGAGAGAGUGCAUACAUCAGUAUUCGAGCCAACAGACAUCUGAAGGUCAAUGACGUUGCUGUAAAUCCUCCCGUCACCGUGGGGAAUCUUGCCAGAGUCAUCAGACAGGGAAGAUACAUCGUAGUCGAUGCAGUUGACCUCAGAGUGCAAUUCGAUGGCCGCAGUACUUUGAUCGUCCGAGUUGGCCAAAACCGUAAAAACAGAGUCACAGGAAUGUGCGGUAACUUCAACGGUGUCACUGCAGACGACAAAGCGAUGCCCAAUGGAAAUCUUGCGGCAAACGACAAUGAAUUUGGAGACAGUUGGAAGGCUGCAACAAGUCUGCCAAGAUGCGGAUCUACUGACGACAGGAGUGGUGGCGGCCUAAAUAACUGCAGCAACAUUGAAGAGUACUCUCACCUCUGCAGUGUCAUCACCAACACCACUGGUCCCUUCAGAGAUUGCCACCAUCACUCCGACCCUGCCACAUUCUACAGCGCCUGUGUCUAUGACCUGUGUCUCUACACUCCUGCCAACAACAUGUUGUGUUCGGUUGUCUCCUCCUACGAAGCUACUUGUUCAGUUUCAGGAUCGGAAAUCGAAGACUGGCGCACACCUUUGAUGUGUGAUGAGACUGAUCCUUGUGAGCACCUGGACUGCACAGAGUUUGAAUGGUGUGGUGAGAAGGAUGGUGUUUAUGACUGCUUCUGUGAUGACGACCGCCAUCGAGCCAGCAACGAGAGCUUCGACAUCCCCUGCCCCGAAAACAGUCACUUUGAAUUUGAAGGAUCACGAUGCCCCGAAACUUGUAUCAGUCCAAAUUCCACACACAACUGCUCUCUUGCCCAGUGGAGCUGCGUUUGUGACUCUGGCUACAUCCUCAGUGAUGGUGCUUGUGUUCUUCAUCAAGAAAGUAGCUGCAGUUUGGAAGGCCGCUACUACCAGAAUGACCAAACUGUCCUACUCGGUGAAAACUGUGAGAGACACUGCCGAUGCAGUAAUGGUUCCAUGACUUGUCAGCAACAUAGUUGUGGCCCACAUGAGUCAUGUUCCCUGGAGGAGGGAGAAAGAGCAUGCAGACCAAGAGGCUAUCAAACAUGCUGGAUAAGAGGUCCUGGAUCGUACCAAACAUUUGAUGGGCUGCCCUAUCAGUAUCCAGGCGCAUGUCGAUUGACUCUUUCCAAGGUUAUGGGAUUGUCCAGUCAUCCCCACUUCAUGGUGACAGCAGAAAAGGCACCCCGAGGUCAACAAGGCUUUUCAAGACUGUUGAAGUUUGAGGCAUUCGGCAAAAGCAUCGCAAUUGAAAUGUCUGGCACUUCUAGAGUCACGGUUGAUGGUCAGUUUGUCCGAUUACCAUUCAGCCUCCCCAACAACAGAAUCCAGAUCUACCACAGCAGCGUACACAGUAUCAUUCUGCACACCUCCUUUGGUGUGACAGUGCAGACCGUCUGGCCUCACUUUGUGCGAAUUAAAGCUCCAGGUAUCUACAAUGGAACCCUUGGUGGACUCUGUGGAAACUUCAAUGGAAAUCAGAGUGAUGAAUUCCAAACACCAAAUGGGAACCUGGUAAACAGUCCUGUGGAGUUUGGGGACAGUUGGCGUGAUGGCUCAUUGGCUGCUCACUGUGUAGACAAUGUUAACACAACACCAAAUCCAAAUUCCAAUGCAAACUGCAGCAUCCUUGCCUCACCACAAGGCCCAUUCACACAAUGCUGGAGGUCCAUUGACCCAGUCCCGCAGGUGCAAACAUGUAGGGACAUUCUCCGCUCAUCUGCUGAUCCAGAAACAACUGUGUGUGAGGUUUUCAGAGAUUAUGUCCUAAUGUGCCAGCAAAGAGGGAUUGAUCUUGGACCCUGGAGGAAUGCAACCAACUGUGAACAAAUAUGCCCAGCCAACAGCCACUAUGAAUCCUGUGGAUCUUCCUGCCCUUCUGCCUGCCCCAGCCUGUCCUUCCCGUAUUCUUGUGACAAUGUGUGUCAAGAGGGUUGCCAGUGUGACGAUGGCUUUGUCCUCAAUGGUGAUGAGUGCGUGCGACCCCCUUCGUGUGGCUGCUACCACCAAGGGUACUAUCGAGAAGGAGGUGAACAAUUCUGGGAUGGUGAGGAAUGUCAGCGUUCUUGUACCUGCAAUGGCACAACAGGAAUGGUCCACUGCACAAGCGCCUCCUGUGGGCCACAAGAGUCCUGUGGAGUGGUGGAUGGUCGAUAUGGCUGCCAUCCAAAUCCUCAUGGUAUAUGCUCUGCCUCUGGUGACCCACACUACCGCACUUUUGAUGGCAAGCGUUACGAUUUCCAAGGAACGUGUCGCUAUGUUCUGGCAAAACCUAUCAACAUCACCCAGGGUCUUCACACAUUUUUGGUGGAGGCUAAAAAUGAACAAUGGCGCACACGUCCUGUGUCAAUCACAUCGGAUGUUUUUGUGACCGUGUGGGGUUUUGAAGUACAUAUUUCAAGAUCAAGGAGGGGUAUGGUUCAGGUCAACGGCGUCACCCAGAACAUGCCAAUACUGCUAAACAGUGGCAGAGUGUCCAUCUAUACAAGUGGACGCCGUACAUUCAUUGACACUGACUUUGGACUAACGGUUACGUAUGAUGGAUGGAGUACUGUGACCAUCUCUGUGCCUUCCAUCUACAGUGGCCAAAUGGGAGGACUCUGUGGAAACUUCAAUGGAAAUCCAAGGGAUGACUUCCAGAGUCCUUCAGGAAUGAGUGUCAGAAGUCCAUCUGAGUUUGGGACAUCCUGGAAAGUACCAAGCAAUGACACCUGUAGUGAUGGCUGUGGAUCCUCCUGUCCACGAUGCAACAAUGUGGCACCAGCUCAAGCCCAAUGUCAACUGAUUCGGGCGGCUGAUGGUCCAUUCAGCUUUUGCCAUGAGGAGGUGGACCCAACACCAUUCUUUAAUGACUGUGUGUUUGAUGUCUGCAUAUCUGGAAAUGAAGGUGGUGAUCAACUGUGCAGAGCCUUUGAGGCAUAUGUCAGUGCAUGCCAGUCUGCCAAUGUACGAGUUUACCCGUGGCGCCAGGACACCCCCUGCCGAAUGGACUGUCCCGCAAACAGCCAUUAUGAGCUCUGCGGUACGGACUGUGCCCACACCUGCGCCAGCAGUACUGAUGCCACCUGCACACAAGUUUGCUCAGAAGGCUGUUUCUGCAAUGAUGGCUUCCUGAAGAGCGGAAGAGACUGUGUUCCAGUUGAAAGAUGCGGUUGCCAGUACGAUGGAUUCUACUAUAAUGCUGGUGACACGUUUUGGACGAAUGGAUGCACUCAACACUGCGAGUGCCAUGCUCCAAAUGAUUUGCGCUGCUCACCUGAGUCAUGCACUCCUGCCCAAGAGUGUGCCAUCCAAGAUGGUGUUCUGGGCUGUUACGACUCAAUGGCUGCUUGCAUCGUGUGGGGAGAUCCACACUACUUCUCCUUUGAUGGGGCUGUGUCUCAUUUCCAAGGCACUUGCUCAUAUGUCAUCUCUGAGAGUUUGAGCCACAGGAACAAUGAGACACAUUUCAAGAUUCUUGCCACCAACAAGCACCGUCGCAACAACCGUGUAUCAUUUGUUUCCACUGUUGAUGUUGUCUUGUCCAACGGAGGAGAGAGUGCAUACAUCAGUAUUCGAGCCAACAGACAUCUGAAGGUCAAUGACGUUGCUGUAAAUCCUCCCGUCACCGUGGGGAAUCUUGCUAGAGUCAUCAGACAGGGAAGAUACAUCGUAGUCGAUGCAGUUGACCUCAGAGUGCAAUUCGAUGGCCGCAGUACUUUGAUCGUCCGAGUUGGCCAAAACCGUAAAAACAGAGUCAAAGGAAUGUGCGGUAACUUCAACGGUGUCACUGCAGACGACAAAGCGAUGCCCAAUGGAAAUCUUGCGGCAAACGACAAUGAAUUUGGAGACAGUUGGAAGGCUGCAACAAGUCUGCCAAGAUGCGGCUCUACUGACGACAGGAGUGGUGGCGGCCUAAAUAACUGCAGCAACAUUGAAGAGUACUCUCAGCUCUGCAGUGUCAUCACCAACACCACUGGUCCCUUCAGAGAUUGCCACCAUCACUCCGACCCUGCCACAUUCUACAGCGCCUGUGUCUAUGACCUGUGUCUCUACACUCCUGCCAACAACAUGUUGUGUUCGGUUGUCUCCUCCUACGAAGCUACUUGUUCAGUUUCAGGAUCGGAAAUCGAAGACUGGCGCACACCUUUGAUGUGUGAUGAGACUGAUCCUUGUGAGCACCUGGACUGCACAGAGUUUGAAUGGUGUGGUGAGAAGGAUGGUGUUUAUGACUGCUUCUGUGAUGACGACCGCCAUCGAGCCAGCAACGAGAGCUUCGACAUCCCCUGCCCCGAAAACAGUCACUUUGAAUUUGAAGGAUCACGAUGCCCCGAAACUUGUAUCAGUCCAAAUUCCACACACAACUGCUCUCUUGCCCAGUGGAGCUGCGUUUGUGACUCUGGCUACAUCCUCAGUGAUGGUGCUUGUGUUCUUCAUCAAGAAAGUAGCUGCAGUUUGGAAGGCCGCUACUACCAGAAUGACCAAACUGUCCUACUCGGUGAAAACUGUGAGAGACACUGCCGAUGCAGUAAUGGUUCCAUGACUUGUCAGCAACAUAGUUGUGGCCCACAUGAGUCAUGUUCCCUGGAGGAGGGAGAAAGAGCAUGCAGACCAAGAGGCUAUCAAACAUGCUGGAUAAGAGGUCCUGGAUCGUACCAAACAUUUGAUGGGCUGCCCUAUCAGUAUCCAGGCGCAUGUCGAUUGACUCUUUCCAAGGUUAUGGGAUUGUCCAGUCAUCCCCACUUCAUGGUGACAGCAGAAAAGGCACCCCGAGGUCAACAAGGCUUUUCAAGACUGUUGAAGUUUGAGGCAUUCGGCAAAAGCAUCGCAAUUGAAAUGUCUGGCACUUCUAGAGUCACGGUUGAUGGUCAGUUUGUCCGAUUACCAUUCAGCCUCCCCAACAGCAGAAUCCAGAUCUACCACAGCAGCGUACACAGUAUCAUUCUGCACACCUCCUUUGGUGUGACAGUGCAGACCGUCUGGCCUCACUUUGUGCGAAUUAAAGCUCCAGGUAUCUACAAUGGAACCCUUGGUGGACUCUGUGGAAACUUCAAUGGAAAUCAGAGUGAUGAAUUCCAAACACCAAAUGGGAACCUGGUAAACAGUCCUGUGGAGUUUGGGGACAGUUGGCGUGAUGGCUCAUUGGCUGCUCACUGUGUAGACAAUGUUAACACAACACCAAAUCCAAAUUCCAAUGCAAACUGCAGCAUCCUUGCCUCACCACAAGGCCCAUUCACACAAUGCUGGAGGUCCAUUGACCCAGUCCCGCAGGUGCAAACAUGUAGGGACAUUCUCCGCUCAUCUGCUGAUCCAGAAACAACUGUGUGUGAGGUUUUCAGAGAUUAUGUCCUAAUGUGCCAGCAAAGAGGGAUUGAUCUUGGACCCUGGAGGAAUGCAACCAACUGUGAACAAAUAUGCCCAGCCAACAGCCACUAUGAAUCCUGUGGAUCUUCCUGCCCUUCUGCCUGCCCCAGCCUGUCCUUCCCGUAUUCUUGUGACAAUGUGUGUCAAGAGGGUUGCCAGUGUGACGAUGGCUUUGUCCUCAAUGGUGAUGAGUGCGUGCGACCCCCUUCGUGUGGCUGCUACCACCAAGGGUACUAUCGAGAAGGAGGUGAACAAUUCUGGGAUGGUGAGGAAUGUCAGCGUUCUUGUACCUGCAAUGGCACAACAGGAAUGGUCCACUGCACAAGCGCCUCCUGUGGGCCACAAGAGUCCUGUGGAGUGGUGGAUGGUCGAUAUGGCUGCCAUCCAAAUCCUCACGGUAUAUGCUCUGCCUCUGGUGACCCACACUACCGCACUUUUGAUGGCAAGCGUUACGAUUUCCAAGGAACGUGUCGCUAUGUUCUGGCAAAACCCAUCAACAUCACCCAGGGUCUUCACACAUUUUUGGUGGAGGCUAAAAAUGAACAAUGGCGCACACGUCCUGUGUCAAUCACAUCGGAUGUUUUUGUGACCGUGUGGGGUUUUGAAGUACAUAUUUCAAGAUCAAGGAGGGGUAUGGUUCAGGUCAACGGCGUCACCCAGAACAUGCCAAUACUGCUAAACAGUGGCAGAGUGUCCAUCUAUACAAGUGGACGCCGUACAUUCAUUGACACUGACUUUGGACUAACGGUUACGUAUGAUGGAUGGAGUACUGUGACCAUCUCUGUGCCUUCCAUCUACAGUGGCCAAAUGGGAGGACUCUGUGGAAACUUCAAUGGAAAUCCAAGGGAUGACUUCCAGAGUCCUUCAGGAAUGAGUGUCAGAAGUCCAUCUGAGUUUGGGACAUCCUGGAAAGUACCAAGCAAUGACACCUGUAGUGAUGGCUGUGGAGCCUCCUGUCCACGAUGCAACAAUGUGGCACCAUCUCAGGCCCAAUGUCAACUGAUUCGGGCGGCUGAUGGUCCAUUCAGCUUUUGCCAUGAGGAGGUGGACCCAACACCAUUCUUUAAUGACUGUGUGUUUGAUGUCUGCAUAUCUGGAAAUGAAGGUGGUGAUCAACUGUGCAGAGCCUUUGAGGCAUAUGUCAGUGCAUGCCAGUCUGCCAAUGUACGAGUUUACCCGUGGCGCCAGGACACCCCCUGCCGAAUGGACUGUCCCGCAAACAGCCAUUAUGAGCUCUGCGGUACGGACUGUGCCCACACCUGCGCCAGCAGUACUGAUGCCACCUGCACACAAGUUUGCUCAGAAGGCUGUUUCUGCAAUGAUGGCUUCCUGAAGAGCGGAAGAGACUGUGUUCCAGUUGAAAGAUGCGGUUGCCAGUACGAUGGAUUCUACUAUAAUGCUGGUGACACGUUUUGGACGAAUGGAUGCACUCAACACUGCGAGUGCCAUGCUCCAAAUGAUUUGCGCUGCUCACCUGAGUCAUGCACUCCUGCCCAAGAGUGUGCCAUCCAAGAUGGUGUUCUGGGCUGUUACGACUCAAUGGCUGCUUGCAUCGUGUGGGGAGAUCCACACUACUUCUCCUUUGAUGGGGCUGUGUCUCAUUUCCAAGGCACUUGCUCAUAUGUCAUCUCUGAGAGUUUGAGCCACAGGAACAAUGAGACACAUUUCAAGAUUCUUGCCACCAACAAGCACCGUCGCAACAACCGUGUAUCAUUUGUUUCCACUGUUGAUGUUGUCUUGUCCAACGGAGGAGAGAGUGCAUACAUCAGUAUUCGAGCCAACAGACAUCUGAAGGUCAAUGACGUUGCUGUAAAUCCUCCCGUCACCGUGGGGAAUCUUGCCAGAGUCAUCAGACAGGGAAGAUACAUCGUAGUCGAUGCAGUUGACCUCAGAGUGCAAUUCGAUGGCCGCAGUACUUUGAUCGUCCGAGUUGGCCAAAACCGUAAAAACAGAGUCACAGGAAUGUGCGGUAACUUCAACGGUGUCACUGCAGACGACAAAGCGAUGCCCAAUGGAAAUCUUGCGGCAAACGACAAUGAAUUUGGAGACAGUUGGAAGGCUGCAACAAGUCUGCCAAGAUGCGGCUCUACUGACGACAGGAGUGGUGGCGGCCUAAAUAACUGCAGCAACAUUGAAGAGUACUCUCAGCUCUGCAGUGUCAUCACCAACACCACUGGUCCCUUCAGAGAUUGCCACCAUCACUCCGACCCUGCCACAUUCUACAACGCCUGUGUCUAUGACCUGUGUCUCUACACUCCUGCCAACAACAUGUUGUGUUCGGUUGUCUCCUCCUACGAAGCUACUUGUUCAGUUUCAGGAUCGGAAAUCGAAGACUGGCGCACACCUUUGAUGUGUGAUGAGACUGAUCCUUGUGAGCACCUGGACUGCACAGAGUUUGAAUGGUGUGGUGAGAAGGAUGGUGUUUAUGACUGCUUCUGUGAUGACGACCGCCAUCGAGCCAGCAACGAGAGCUUCGACAUCCCCUGCCCCGAAAACAGUCACUUUGAAUUUGAAGGAUCACGAUGCCCCGAAACUUGUAUCAGUCCAAAUUCCACACACAACUGCUCUCUUGCCCAGUGGAGCUGCGUUUGUGACUCUGGCUACAUCCUCAGUGAUGGUGCUUGUGUUCUUCAUCAAGAAAGUAGCUGCAGUUUGGAAGGCCGCUACUACCAGAAUGACCAAACUGUCCUACUCGGUGAAAACUGUGAGAGACACUGCCGAUGCAGUAAUGGUUCCAUGACUUGUCAGCAACAUAGUUGUGGCCCACAUGAGUCAUGUUCCCUGGAGGAGGGAGAAAGAGCAUGCAGACCAAGAGGCUAUCAAACAUGCUGGAUAAGAGGUCCUGGAUCGUACCAAACAUUUGAUGGGCUGCCCUAUCAGUAUCCAGGCGCAUGUCGAUUGACUCUUUCCAAGGUUAUGGGAUUGUCCAGUCAUCCCCACUUCAUGGUGACAGCAGAAAAGGCACCCCGAGGUCAACAAGGCUUUUCAAGACUGUUGAAGUUUGAGGCAUUCGGCAAAAGCAUCGCAAUUGAAAUGUCUGGCACUUCUAGAGUCACGGUUGAUGGUCAGUUUGUCCGAUUACCAUUCAGCCUCCCCAACAGCAGAAUCCAGAUCUACCACAGCAGCGUACACAGUAUCAUUCUGCACACCUCCUUUGGUGUGACAGUGCAGACCGUCUGGCCUCACUUUGUGCGAAUUAAAGCUCCAGGUAUCUACAAUGGAACCCUUGGUGGACUCUGUGGAAACUUCAAUGGAAAUCAGAGUGAUGAAUUCCAAACACCAAAUGGGAACCUGGUAAACAGUCCUGUGGAGUUUGGGGACAGUUGGCGUGAUGGCUCAUUGGCUGCUCACUGUGUAGACAAUGUUAACACAACACCAAAUCCAAAUUCCAAUGCAAACUGCAGCAUCCUUGCCUCACCACAAGGCCCAUUCACACAAUGCUGGAGGUCCAUUGACCCAGUCCCGCAGGUGCAAACAUGUAGGGACAUUCUCCGCUCAUCUGCUGAUCCAGAAACAACUGUGUGUGAGGUUUUCAGAGAUUAUGUCCUAAUGUGCCAGCAAAGAGGGAUUGAUCUUGGACCCUGGAGGAAUGCAACCAACUGUGAACAAAUAUGCCCAGCCAACAGCCACUAUGAAUCCUGUGGAUCUUCCUGCCCUUCUGCCUGCCCCAGCCUGUCCUUCCCGUAUUCUUGUGACAAUGUGUGUCAAGAGGGUUGCCAGUGUGACGAUGGCUUUGUCCUCAAUGGUGAUGAGUGCGUGCGACCCCCUUCGUGUGGCUGCUACCACCAAGGGUACUAUCGAGAAGGAGGUGAACAAUUCUGGGAUGGUGAGGAAUGUCAGCGUUCUUGUACCUGCAAUGGCACAACAGGAAUGGUCCACUGCACAAGCGCCUCCUGUGGGCCACAAGAGUCCUGUGGAGUGGUGGAUGGUCGAUAUGGCUGCCAUCCAAAUCCUCACGGUAUAUGCUCUGCCUCUGGUGACCCACACUACCGCACUUUUGAUGGCAAGCGUUACGAUUUCCAAGGAACGUGUCGCUAUGUUCUGGCAAAACCCAUCAACAUCACCCAGGGUCUUCACACAUUUUUGGUGGAGGCUAAAAAUGAACAAUGGCGCACACGUCCUGUGUCAAUCACAUCGGAUGUUUUUGUGACCGUGUGGGGUUUUGAAGUACAUAUUUCAAGAUCAAGGAGGGGUAUGGUUCAGGUCAACGGCGUCACCCAGAACAUGCCAAUACUGCUAAACAGUGGCAGAGUGUCCAUCUAUACAAGUGGACGCCGUACAUUCAUUGACACUGACUUUGGACUAACGGUUACGUAUGAUGGAUGGAGUACUGUGACCAUCUCUGUGCCUUCCAUCUACAGUGGCCAAAUGGGAGGACUCUGUGGAAACUUCAAUGGAAAUCCAAGGGAUGACUUCCAGAGUCCUUCAGGAAUGAGUGUCAGAAGUCCAUCUGAGUUUGGGACAUCCUGGAAAGUACCAAGCAAUGACACCUGUAGUGAUGGCUGUGGAGCCUCCUGUCCACGAUGCAACAAUGUGGCACCAUCUCAGGCCCAAUGUCAACUGAUUCGGGCGGCUGAUGGUCCAUUCAGCUUUUGCCAUGAGGAGGUGGACCCAACACCAUUCUUUAAUGACUGUGUGUUUGAUGUCUGCAUAUCUGGAAAUGAAGGUGGUGAUCAACUGUGCAGAGCCUUUGAGGCAUAUGUCAGUGCAUGCCAGUCUGCCAAUGUACGAGUUUACCCGUGGCGCCAGGACACCCCCUGCCGAAUGGACUGUCCCGCAAACAGCCAUUAUGAGCUCUGCGGUACGGACUGUGCCCACACCUGCGCCAGCAGUACUGAUGCCACCUGCACACAAGUUUGCUCAGAAGGCUGUUUCUGCAAUGAUGGCUUCCUGAAGAGCGGAAGAGACUGUGUUCCAGUUGAAAGAUGCGGUUGCCAGUACGAUGGAUUCUACUAUAAUGCUGGUGACACGUUUUGGACGAAUGGAUGCACUCAACACUGCGAGUGCCAUGCUCCAAAUGAUUUGCGCUGCUCACCUGAGUCAUGCACUCCUGCCCAAGAGUGUGCCAUCCAAGAUGGUGUUCUGGGCUGUUACGACUCAAUGGCUGCUUGCAUCGUGUGGGGAGAUCCACACUACUUCUCCUUUGAUGGGGCUGUGUCUCAUUUCCAAGGCACUUGCUCAUAUGUCAUCUCUGAGAGUUUGAGCCACAGGAACAAUGAGACACAUUUCAAGAUUCUUGCCACCAACAAGCACCGUCGCAACAACCGUGUAUCAUUUGUUUCCACUGUUGAUGUUGUCUUGUCCAACGGAGGAGAGAGUGCAUACAUCAGUAUUAGAGCCAACAGACAUCUGAAGGUCAAUGACGUUGCUGUAAAUCCUCCCGUCACCGUGGGGAAUCUUGCCAGAGUCAUCAGACAGGGAAGAUACAUCGUAGUCGAUGCAGUUGACCUCAGAGUGCAAUUCGAUGGCCGCAGUACUUUGAUCGUCCGAGUUGGCCAAAACCGUAAAAACAGAGUCACAGGAAUGUGCGGUAACUUCAACGGUGUCACUGCAGACGACAAAGCGAUGCCCAAUGGAAAUCUUGCGGCAAACGACAAUGAAUUUGGAGACAGUUGGAAGGCUGCAACAAGUCUGCCAAGAUGCGGCUCUACUGACGACAGGAGUGGUGGCGGCCUAAAUAACUGCAGCAACAUUGAAGAGUACUCUCAGCUCUGCAGUGUCAUCACCAACACCACUGGUCCCUUCAGAGAUUGCCACCAUCACUCCGACCCUGCCACAUUCUACAGCGCCUGUGUCUAUGACCUGUGUCUCUACACUCCUGCCAACAACAUGUUGUGUUCGGUUGUCUCCUCCUACGAAGCUACUUGUUCAGUUUCAGGAUCGGAAAUCGAAGACUGGCGCACACCUUUGAUGUGUGAUGAGACUGAUCCUUGUGAGCACCUGGACUGCACAGAGUUUGAAUGGUGUGGUGAGAAGGAUGGUGUUUAUGACUGCUUCUGUGAUGACGACCGCCAUCGAGCCAGCAACGAGAGCUUCGACAUCCCCUGCCCCGAAAACAGUCACUUUGAAUUUGAAGGAUCACGAUGCCCCGAAACUUGUAUCAGUCCAAAUUCCACACACAACUGCUCUCUUGCCCAGUGGAGCUGCGUUUGUGACUCUGGCUACAUCCUCAGUGAUGGUGCUUGUGUUCUUCAUCAAGAAAGUAGCUGCAGUUUGGAAGGCCGCUACUACCAGAAUGACCAAACUGUCCUACUCGGUGAAAACUGUGAGAGACACUGCCGAUGCAGUAAUGGUUCCAUGACUUGUCAGCAACAUAGUUGUGGCCCACAUGAGUCAUGUUCCCUGGAGGAGGGAGAAAGAGCAUGCAGACCAAGAGGCUAUCAAACAUGCUGGAUAAGAGGUCCUGGAUCGUACCAAACAUUUGAUGGGCUGCCCUAUCAGUAUCCAGGCGCAUGUCGAUUGACUCUUUCCAAGGUGAUGGGAUUGUCCAGUCAUCCCCACUUCAUGGUGACAGCAGAAAAGGCACCCCGAGGUCAACAAGGCUUUUCAAGACUGUUGAAGUUUGAGGCAUUCGGCAAAAGCAUCGCAAUUGAAAUGUCUGGCACUUCUAGAGUCACGGUUGAUGGUCAGUUUGUCCGAUUACCAUUCAGCCUCCCCAACAGCAGAAUCCAGAUCUACCACAGCAGCGUACACAGUAUCAUUCUGCACACCUCCUUUGGUGUGACAGUGCAGACCGUCUGGCCUCACUUUGUGCGAAUUAAAGCUCCAGGUAUCUACAAUGGAACCCUUGGUGGACUCUGUGGAAACUUCAAUGGAAAUCAGAGUGAUGAAUUCCAAACACCAAAUGGGAACCUGGUAAACAGUCCUGUGGAGUUUGGGGACAGUUGGCGUGAUGGCUCAUUGGCUGCUCACUGUGUAGACAAUGUUAACACAACACCAAAUCCAAAUUCCAAUGCAAACUGCAGCAUCCUUGCCUCACCACAAGGCCCAUUCACACAAUGCUGGAGGUCCAUUGACCCAGUCCCGCAGGUGCAAACAUGUAGGGACAUUCUCCGCUCAUCUGCUGAUCCAGAAACAACUGUGUGUGAGGUUUUCAGAGAUUAUGUCCUAAUGUGCCAGCAAAGAGGGAUUGAUCUUGGACCCUGGAGGAAUGCAACCAACUGUGAACAAAUAUGCCCAGCCAACAGCCACUAUGAAUCCUGUGGAUCUUCCUGCCCUUCUGCCUGCCCCAGCCUGUCCUUCCCGUAUUCUUGUGACAAUGUGUGUCAAGAGGGUUGCCAGUGUGACGAUGGCUUUGUCCUCAAUGGUGAUGAGUGCGUGCGACCCCCUUCGUGUGGCUGCUACCACCAAGGGUACUAUCGAGAAGGAGGUGAACAAUUCUGGGAUGGUGAGGAAUGUCAGCGUUCUUGUACCUGCAAUGGCACAACAGGAAUGGUCCACUGCACAAGCGCCUCCUGUGGGCCACAAGAGUCCUGUGGAGUGGUGGAUGGUCGAUAUGGCUGCCAUCCAAAUCCUCAUGGUAUAUGCUCUGCCUCUGGUGACCCACACUACCGCACUUUUGAUGGCAAGCGUUACGAUUUCCAAGGAACGUGUCGCUAUGUUCUGGCAAAACCUAUCAACAUCACCCAGGGUCUUCACACAUUUUUGGUGGAGGCUAAAAAUGAACAAUGGCGCACACGUCCUGUGUCAAUCACAUCGGAUGUUUUUGUGACCGUGUGGGGUUUUGAAGUACAUAUUUCAAGAUCAAGGAGGGGUAUGGUUCAGGUCAACGGCGUCACCCAGAACAUGCCAAUACUGCUAAACAGUGGCAGAGUGUCCAUCUAUACAAGUGGACGCCGUACAUUCAUUGACACUGACUUUGGACUAACGGUUACGUAUGAUGGAUGGAGUACUGUGACCAUCUCUGUGCCUUCCAUCUACAGUGGCCAAAUGGGAGGACUCUGUGGAAACUUCAAUGGAAAUCCAAGGGAUGACUUCCAGAGUCCUUCAGGAAUGAGUGUCAGAAGUCCAUCUGAGUUUGGGACAUCCUGGAAAGUACCAAGCAAUGACACCUGUAGUGAUGGCUGUGGAGCCUCCUGUCCACGAUGCAACAAUGUGGCACCAUCUCAGGCCCAAUGUCAACUGAUUCGGGCGGCUGAUGGUCCAUUCAGCUUUUGCCAUGAGGAGGUGGACCCAACACCAUUCUUUAAUGACUGUGUGUUUGAUGUCUGCAUAUCUGGAAAUGAAGGUGGUGAUCAACUGUGCAGAGCCUUUGAGGCAUAUGUCAGUGCAUGCCAGUCUGCCAAUGUACGAGUUUACCCGUGGCGCCAGGACACCCCCUGCCGAAUGGACUGUCCCGCAAACAGCCAUUAUGAGCUCUGCGGUACGGACUGUGCCCACACCUGCGCCAGCAGUACUGAUGCCACCUGCACACAAGUUUGCUCAGAAGGCUGUUUCUGCAAUGAUGGCUUCCUGAAGAGCGGAAGAGACUGUGUUCCAGUUGAAAGAUGCGGUUGCCAGUACGAUGGAUUCUACUAUAAUGCUGGUGACACGUUUUGGACGAAUGGAUGCACUCAACACUGCGAGUGCCAUGCUCCAAAUGAUUUGCGCUGCUCACCUGAGUCAUGCACUCCUGCCCAAGAGUGUGCCAUCCAAGAUGGUGUUCUGGGCUGUUACGACUCAAUGGCUGCUUGCAUCGUGUGGGGAGAUCCACACUACUUCUCCUUUGAUGGGGCUGUGUCUCAUUUCCAAGGCACUUGCUCAUAUGUCAUCUCUGAGAGUUUGAGCCACAGGAACAAUGAGACACAUUUCAAGAUUCUUGCCACCAACAAGCACCGUCGCAACAACCGUGUAUCAUUUGUUUCCACUGUUGAUGUUGUCUUGUCCAACGGAGGAGAGAGUGCAUACAUCAGUAUUAGAGCCAACAGACAUCUGAAGGUCAAUGACGUUGCUGUAAAUCCUCCCGUCACCGUGGGGAAUCUUGCCAGAGUCAUCAGACAGGGAAGAUACAUCGUAGUCGAUGCAGUUGACCUCAGAGUGCAAUUCGAUGGCCGCAGUACUUUGAUCGUCCGAGUUGGCCAAAACCGUAAAAACAGAGUCACAGGAAUGUGCGGUAACUUCAACGGUGUCACUGCAGACGACAAAGCGAUGCCCAAUGGAAAUCUUGCGGCAAACGACAAUGAAUUUGGAGACAGUUGGAAGGCUGCAACAAGUCUGCCAAGAUGCGGAUCUACUGACGACAGGAGUGGUGGCGGUCUAGAUGACUGCAGCAACAUUGAAGAGUACUCUCAGCUCUGCAGUGUCAUCACCAACACCACUGGUCCCUUCAGAGAUUGCCACCAUCACUCCGACCCUGCCACAUUCUACAACGCCUGUGUCCAUGACCUGUGUCUCUACACUCCUGCCAACAACAUGUUGUGUUCGGUUGUCUCCUCCUACGAAGCUACUUGUUCAGUUUCAGGAUCAGAAAUCGAAGACUGGCGCACACCUUUGAUGUGUGAUGAGACUGAUCCUUGUGAGCACCUGGACUGCACAGAGUUUGAAUGGUGUGGUGAGAAGGAUGGUGUUUAUGGCUGCUUCUGUGAUGACGACCACCAUCGAGCCAGCAACGAGAGCUUCGAUUCGACAAUCACAUGUGACAGCAGUUCAGGCACCAUGUCUGUGUCUCGCUGUCAGCUGUUUGAAGCUGGCUAUCACUCCAGUUCCCUUCACCUCCGCGAUGCCUCCUGCAACGGAACCAUCCAGGACGGACGACUGGUGUUCAACUACAACAAUGAUGAUCAAAUCUGCGGGACAACUUUGAGGAGCAAUGGAACCCACUUCAUCUAUAAGAACACCAUCCAAAGUGAUUCACUGCCUCUUGAUGCUGUGAUCAGUCGUGAAAGGGGCAUCCGUCUGCACUUCUGCUGUGAAUACCCGCUGAGCCAGGCCCUCUCCAUGUCAGUGGGCAUUAACCCAGUGGAGAGCGUGAUCAACAAGAAGCUUCCACGGGGCCAAGGACAGUACCGGGUCCGGAUGAUCCCUUACCGGGAUGCUACAUUCUGGAAUCCAGUCACCUCUGCGGAGAACAUUGAGAUGCAGCUCAACGAGAGACUUUUUGUUGAGGUGCGAACUGAAGGAGUGGAUGCACGCCAACUCGCAACCGUUCUGGACUCAUGCUGGGCCACCCCGGUCAACCAGGCUGACUACCCCAUCCGCUGGGACCUCAUUGUAGACGAGUAA